UAGCAACUUAAAGCAUCGAAAUCGUUAGGGUUUACUUCUUUCGUUGGUGUUCAAUUAUAACAGAACACCAGAAUCCACCAACGGCUUCAAUUAGGGUUCUACAAAGAUGCCGAAAUCCAAAAGAGACAGAGCAGUGACGUUGUCAAAAACGAAGAAGAAAGGAAGAGAGCAUAAGGAGAACAUAGUGAGCUCAAUAAGAGAUGCUGUUGAGAAAUAUAAUUCCAUAUAUGUUUUUAGUUUUGAGAACAUGAGGAAUUUGAAGUUUAAGCAGUUCAGAGAACAACUUAAAUCCACCAGCAGAUUUUUCCUAGGAUCAAACAAAGUUAUGCAAGUUGCUUUAGGUCGAUCUGAAUCCGAUGAGAUGAGGCCAGGGCUUCACAAGGUUUCUAAGCUUCUUAGAGGGGAUUCUGGUCUUUGUUUAACCAACAUGCCUGUAGAAGAAGCCCAAAGAAUAUUUAACGAGUAUGAAGACUACGACUAUGCUAGGACUGGUAGUAUUGCUACAGAAACGGUGGAACUUAAAGAAGGUCCUCUGGACCAGUUCACACAUGAGAUGGAACCCUUCUUGAGGAAGCAAGGGAUGCCGGUGCGGUUAAAUAAAGGUGUGGUGGAACUUGUCGGAGACUUUGUUGUAUGUGAGGAGGGUAAUCCUGUAUCACCGGAGGCCUCUCGCAUACUGCGUUUAAUGGAGAUGAAGAUGGCUACAUUUAAGCUCAACUUGAUAUGCCGAUGGAGCCCAGAGGAUUUUGAAAUGUAUCAAGAAGGGUUGCAAGGAUCGGAUAUCGAGUCUUCGUAAGUUAUAUUAAUUUGUAUGCUCUUGCUUUAAAGCAGUUAUAUGACUGUUUUUGUGAAACGGUGUGUGUUUGGACACCUUUUUUGGUGGAAAUCUGUAAUGGACUAUGCAAAUCCUACCGGAAAUAUAGUGAUUCUUAUUGGUACUUAAUUGGAUCUCAAAUGUGUUUGAAUUA